GCGCAGACACAGUUACACAGACCACAACCUGCCCAGCCCGAGAGAGGACAAACUGCUGCACAGUUUAAAAGAAAACCUGGGAAACUUCUUCAGAGAUCUGACAGAGGCACAAGGGUCUCCCCCCAGUUUCCAUCCCUCAAAACCUUACGACCUUUUUUUCCCAGUAUGGCGGCGUGGGACCUUUCAGUCAUAGUGGAGGACCUGGGGUCUGACGCGCCACCUGUCACCCUCAGCGUGGCCUCUGAACUCCAUGUCGGAGGGGUAAUCCUGAAGCUGGUGGAAAAGACACAGAUGAAGCGUGAUUGGUCCGACCAUGCGCUGUGGUGGGAGCAGAAACAGCGGUGGCUGCUGCGAACAGCCUGGACUCUGGACAAAUAUGGCAUCCACGCAGACGCCCGGCUGCUCUUUAUGCCCCAACACAAGCCCCUGAAGCUGGGUUUGCCCAACGGCGCUACCCUGAGGCUCCGAGCCUGCUUCUCCAGCCCAGUCUUCCAGACCGUGAUGGGUAUCUGCAGAAUGCUAAAUAUCCGUCACCCCGAGGAGCUCUCUCUCCUUCGGCCUAUCGAAGAGAAAAAGAAGAAGAAGGAUAAAGACUCAGCUGUGGAGAUCUACGAUCUGACCGAGGUGCCCCUUUCCUCGGCAUCGCGACCCUCUCUGUAUAAUGGCAUGCCUGCUCACUUCGCCGACUCACCCCAGAUGGAGGCCGUCUACAAGAUGCUGUCAGUCACCCAGCCUCCCCCUGCCCCCGAGGUCAUAGCCAAGCAGUACCGCCCCGCCAGUGUGGUGGACAAGGCCCACAUCAACGGCAGGUGGUUGGACUCCUCCCGUUGUCUCAUGCAGCAGGGAAUCCAAGAAAAUGACAGACUCUGGCUUCGCUUCAAAUACUUUGCCUUCUAUGAUAUGGAUCCCAAGUAUGAUGUUGUGCGUCUGACCCAGCUGUAUGAGCAGGCGCGCUGGGCCAUCCUGCUGGAGGACAUCGACUGCACCGAGGAGGAGAUGAUGUUGUUUGGAGCUCUACAGUACCACAUCAGUAAGGUGUCUCAAUCGGAGCCCCAGAUGCUGAGCUCCAAUGCAGCCAUGGACGACCUGGAGUCUGCGCUGCAGUCGCUGGAGGUCAAGAUGGAGGGAGAGAGCAGCUCAGCGUCCGAGAUGCUGGAAAACAUGACUGCACCAGAUCUCAAUGACUACCUGAAGAUAUUCAGGCCAAAGAGGCUGACUCUGAAGGGAUAUAAGCAGUACUGGUUCAAGUUCCAAGAUACCUCCAUCUCUUAUUUCAAGAGCAAAGAGGAGAGCAUCGGAGAGCCCAUUCAACAGAUUAACCUCAAAGGAUGUGAGGUGGCUCCAGACGUGAACGUGACAGCACAGAAGUUCCUAAUCAGACUCCUGAUACCAGCGCCUGAGGGCAUGAAUGAGGUCUAUCUGCGCUGUGAAAACGAGCAGCAGUACGCUCAGUGGAUGGCUGCGUGUCGACUGGCCUCAAAAGGAAAGACUCUGGCCGACAGCAGUUUCCAAAGUGAGAUCCAGAGCAUCCGCUCCUUCCUGGCUAUGCAAAAGACCAGCUCCGGUUCCCAUGGCAAUGCACCUGCCAACGAUGAAAGCAUCAAUACUCACAGUCUGGUGUCGCCACGCUACCAUAAGAAGUACAAAGCCAAACAGCUGACCCCUCGUAUCUUGGACGCCUACCAGAACGUGGCUCAGCUCUCACUGACAGAUGCAGUGGCGCGCUACCUGCAGAUCUGGCAAGCCCUGCCUGACUUUGGACUCGCAUACGUGGUUGUCAGGUUUAAGGGCAGUCGUAAAGACGAGGUACUAGGCAUUGCUCCCAACCGUCUGAUCCGUAUCGACCUGGCCGUGGGUGAUGUGGUUAAGACCUGGCGCUACAACAACAUGAAACAGUGGAACGUCAACUGGGACAUACGACAGAUGGCCAUAGAGUUUGAAGGCAACAUCAACAUUGCUUUUGGCUGCGUGACCGCCGACUGCAAAAUCGUUCAUGAGUUCAUUGGAGGCUACAUUUUCAUGUCGACACGCAGUCGUGCAAAGAGCGACACGCUCAACGAGGAGCUUUUCCACAAGCUGACCGGCGGCCAUGAAGCUCUCUGAGACUAAGACACACAAACACAAAAGAAAAAAAACACAUCGGAUCUCCUGGUGUGUCUCAACAACAGAAAACCAUGUGGAAUUGGAUUUUAUGUUCCAUUCACGCUACUACAAAAACGCCAUUAUUGUACAACAAAAUUAGAUAUUCAGUGUUUCUUGUGUAAAUGUGUUACAAUCCACCUUGUCAGUCCAUCCAAGUUUUUAUAUAGUCUUUGUUUCUCACACACACACACACACACACACACACACACACACACACACACACACACACACACACACACACACACACACACACACACACACACACACACACACACACACACACACACACUCUCAUAAGCUAUCAGUGGAUAGAAAAAAUGCUCAGACAGUUCAAGACUACGGUGGUCCUCAUGCUGACAUCCCCUUUACUUCAGGAUGGACUGCUGCUGGGCCAAACUGCUGGACACCAGGUCCAAGAUCAGCAGGCUUGACACUCAAACUCAUGGAAAUGUCAGAUCAAAAGUUGCAUCAGCCAGCAGCAACUUUUCUGUUUCGCUUCACAGUAUGCAGACUUCCUGACACUCAGGAUAGAAAGCCUUGCUUUGUCCAGAGCUGCAUACCUAUUGCCAGCAGCAACAUUAUCACAGCCAAGAAUUAACAGCAAUGAAUAGACAAACACAAAUAAUCAUAUAGAUAACAAACAUUUGUUAAAAUAAAUACAGAAAUUCACUUUUCA